GUAAUCAUUACUGAGAGCGCGCACAGGCACCGUCACUAUAGCUUCCGGUGUAAGCGGAGGUCAGGUUAUGGCACCAGGUGUCAUGGCGGCGUCCAGCGCACACAUGUCUGUGGUGACCCCGCUCCCCGCGGAAUGAGAGAGCUGGCUGUGGCGCGGUGUCUAGCGCGGAGCCGGUGACAAUGUCUCCGUACAGGAUGAUCCGGUUAUUCUAUAGGAUGGUCCCCAGGGGCCCGUUCCCGCCCAGGGGCCACCGGCUCUUCCCGUGUGCCUGGAGCCAGCCUCGGCUGGGAUAUGGCGCCGCCUGUAAGGGGGACCUGGCCCUGGCAGGGAUCUCCCGCAGGCACUUCAAGAAGGACCUUCUCUCCUCCGUGGACGGCUCCACCCCCGCGGUGACCGUGACCGAGAUCCGCCAGUACCUGCGGGCCCACAACAUCUCCUUCCAUGACGGCUACAGCUGUCUCCACAUCCCCAGCCCCUUUACCUCCAACAAGGACAACAGGCUCUUCAUUGACAAGACCACCGGGCGCUUCCUGUGCAAGGACACCCUGCUGGAGGGCACCUGGGAGGAAUUCCAGGACUGCAUGGAGCUUCUGCAGAAGGAGGGGUGCGAAUUCCUAAAUCCGGACAACAUGGCCAGUUUCCUGAGCGACGAGGACCCUGAGGAUGGGAAAAGCCCCCUGAGUGACCUGGAGGUCACCCGAAUCUGGAACAGGGCCACCUGGUUCCAUGACUUGGAGGAGGAGGACGCCCGGCUCAUCAAAACAAUGUUCAGCAUCUCCAAAAUCAACAACAGUACCCUGAAGAAGUUCGGGGUGAAGUGUUUCCAGCCGACCAAGAGCUUAGUUUUCCCAUGGUACAGCCCCCGGGAUUCUUCCAUGAAAGGUCUGAAGUUAUUGUCUGCCGAGUGCCAAGAGGACACUGUCAACUAUGUGGAGACCGUGUACCCUAAGCCUUGUCAUUACCAAAAUCUAUUUGGGCUUACUGUACUGGGCAAGAAGGAUACAGAAGUGGUAAUCACCAGUAGGGAAGUUGACAGUUUGGCUGUGCACCAAGCGACGGGUAUAACGACUAUGGCUUUGCCACGUGGAAUCAGUUGUCUGCCCCCUGCUCUUUUGCCAUAUCUUGAGCAGUUUAAACGCAUCACCCUGUGGCUUGGUGAUGACCUACGUGCCUGGGAAGCCUCCAAAUUGUUCUCUCGAAAACUGAACGUUAAGAGAUGUUCACUUUUGCGCCCAGGGGAUAAGCAACCAAACCCAUUGCAGGCUUUAGAUCUGGGGCUUAACUUAAAUAAGAUUCUCAAGGCUUCGCUCCCAGCUGGCCACAAAUCUAUAAUUUCUUUUCGUCAGCUGAGGGACGAAGUGUUUGGCCAGCUGGAAAAUCUAGAGCAAGUGGCAGGAGUGAAAUGGGCCAGAUUCCCUGAAUUAAAUAAGCUACUUAAAGGACACAGGAAAGGAGAACUGACCAUAUUUACAGGCCCAACUGGUAGUGGGAAAACCACCUUCAUCAGUGAAUAUGCUCUAGACUUGUGCAUGCAAGGGACCAACACCAUGUGGGGGAGUUUUGAACUGAACAACGUACGCUUGGCAAAGGUUAUGCUGACCCAAUUCUCCCUGCAGCGCUUGGAGGAGCAGCUGGACAAGUACGAUGAGUGGGCAGAUAAGUUUGAAGAGCUGCCUCUUUAUUUUAUGACCUUCCAUGGACAGCAAAAUAUCAAGUCUGUGUUGGACACCAUGCAGCACGCAGUGUACAUGUAUGACAUUAACCAUGUCAUAAUUGAUAAUCUACAGUUUAUGAUGGGCCAGGAACAUUUGCUUUCAGAUAAAUUUGCAGUGCAGGACUAUAUAGUCGGGGCUUUCAGGAAAUUUGCCACAGAAAGCAGCUGUCAUGUGACUCUGGUUAUUCACCCACGGAAAGAAGACGAUGACAAGGAACUGCAGACCUCCUCUAUUUUUGGCUCUGCAAAAGCCAGCCAAGAGGCUGAUAAUGUCCUCAUAUUGCAAGACCGGAAGCUGUCCAGCGGGCCAGGCAAGAGACAUCUUCAGGUGUCGAAGAACAGAUUUGAUGGAGACGUGGGGGUUUUCGGCCUGGAAUUCAACAAGUCUACUCUGACUUUCUCAUCUUCCAAGAUCAAAGCUCCUCCAAAGGUUAAACUGAAGAAAGUUAGCAAAGAGAAUGAGUCGCCAGAGGAGACCCCUUCAAAAAAAUAAAACUGAGAAAUAAUAUUUGUUUAGCUGCUAAUUUUAUAUGUUCUAUAUGCACUUGAUUUGACUACAUCUUCACACAUGAGAAACAGUAAAUGCUUCUCUCAAAAUGGUUCAGACAGCUGACCUGUUGUACUUGACUGUGUAUGUUCUCACAUACUGCCUAAUAUUGGUGACUGUGAAGUUAUCUCAGGCGUUAGAGGACUUGUCACAUCUGAGUUAACAUUCGCUCAUUUGUGCCUUAGAAGAGCACGCGUUUUACAGCUUUCCUUUUUUACAUGGUGUUUAGGAAGGUCCAGUGCUUGCUGGGAAAUGGUUACGGCAACAUUUCUGACAUUUCAACAAAUUCUAAAACAGUUUUGACUGGAUUUGGUUUAAUUGUCUGGUAACAUUUUAAAGGUUUUUGUGCUUUUGUAGAAUACCAGCCAGUGCUCUGUACCAUAUGAAAACAUUUCAUACAAGACCAUAACCUGGAAAGCACUUGAUAUAAGGUUUUUUUUUUUGUUUUUUUUGGUUUUUUUUGCAGUAGUAGAACUUUGUAUGAUGUUGUAUUCUAUUUACUCUUUUUUAGUAUACAAAAGUGGGGAAUUCAAUAUUUUUUCGGGUUCGUAAAAAUCCAGUUUUUUGGGCACGAAAAAAAAGAUUUCUGGGCUAAUUUGAAUUUUUUUGUGCGCACUUUUUUUUUCUGGGCUAUUCAAAAUUUUUUGUACCCGAAAAAAAUCUAUUUUUGGCCAAAAACACUUAGGUCUAUGAACUUCUCAUGGAUUCUAUGUAUAUUUGCAAUCGGAAUUUUUUUUUCUUCUGGAGCCUGAUGAGGUUCCGAAAAACAUCCUCAGUAAGUGCUGGCGGGGGCCGCGCUUCAGGGCUAAUUGAAUAGAGGUCUGGAGGUCAAUUGGCACACUGUAAAUUACCACAGCUAGUUGAAUUCCCCCCUUAAUAGCAAGUCACAUUUCCAAAUAAGUAUGCACAAACAUUGGCUAGAUCACUGUUUUAAGUUCACUGCUACCUGUAUUUCUGGCUCCUUGGAGAAAAUGGGUGGUCUUCAGUAUGCCGAAUGUCAGGAUCCCGGCGCCGGAAUCCCGACACCCAGCAUACCGACAUAUAUUCUCCCUCGUGGGGGUCCACGACCACCCUGGAGGGAGAAUACAAUAGCGUCUGUCGGCGGUCGGGCUCCCGGCGCCGGUAUACUGGUCGCCGGGAGCCCGGCCGCCGGCAUACCAUACUACACCCGGAGAAAAUGUAUCAAACCUUCUAUAGAGUGGAGCAGUUGCCCAGAGAAACGAACCAGCUUCUAGCUAGCACUUAUCAAGAACAUUCUAUAAAAUUAUAGGCUGAAGCUGAUUAGUUGCUAUGGGCAACUUCUCUACUUGUCCACUCUCUUUAGAACAGGGCUAGGCAACCUGUGGCACUCCAGCUGUGCCACAGGUUGCCCACCUCUGCUUUAGUUUGAUACACUUGUAAAGGCUCUGAUAAGAGGGAGGGGGGUAAAGUGUACUUUUGCGCAUUCUAUGUAGGGGGUCUUCAUUACAGUCCAGUUAUUGAGCAAGGUUUUCAAAGCAACAUGAAGUAAAGUGAUGAUAGGAGAAUAACAGGGGAGCUAUUUUAUGAUGCAGAAGGAAGGUUAGUGUGCCCUUCAAAUGUGUUCUUUUUUGUAGUGAAAUGUUAGGCAUGAGGUUUUUCAAACGGAAUGUUCAAGCUUGUGUUCCAUUUAGAACGCCGCACUGGUAGCACAUUUUAACUAAACAUUCCUCUAAUCUAGCCCCAUGUAUUCUGCCUAAUUUGCAGAUCAUGUAGUUCCCUGACCAAACUAGGGACACUCCUGAUUGACCGAUUGCAGCUGGCUAGGUUGAUCAGGAGAUAACCACACACACAGGGCCUUAUUCAGGUUUGUUAGCAAACCAAAAACGCAAGAAAAUGGGAAACACCAUGUUACGCUGCAGGUGGGGCAGAUGCAAUAUGUGCAGAGAGAGUUAGAUUUGGGUGGGCUGUGUUCAAACCGAAAUCUAAAUUGCAGUGUAAAAAUAAAGAAGCCAGCAUAUACCCUGCCCAGAAACAAUAUAACCCACCCAAAUCUAUCUCUCUCUGCACAUGUUACAUCUGCCCUACCUGCAGUGCAACAUGUUUUUGUCCAUUACUGUGCUUUUUUGGUUUGCUAAGCUGAAUAACUCCCACAGGCCCAUGUAGCUAAUAGUCCAUUGCAUUUUACUCACUGCAGCAUGUUACCUUAUAUCACAACAUGAGUGGGCACUUUAAAAAGGUGGGGUAUUUUAUUUAUCAACAUAGGCCCAUUCUGGUGAGACUCGCAAUUCAUUCAGUUGUCUUAUAUCUAAUUUUAGAAACAAACCAAACUUUAUCCAUACACUGCCACUUGCAGCAUAAUCUUUUAUAUUUUGGAAACCUUCUGGAAUCUAGCAUCUAGCCAAAGUAAGUAACGCCGGGAGGUAUUUCUGGCUGAUGUGCUGGUGUAUAAACCCAUCACCACCUACUGCAGGUGAGUGGAAUUACUUAGAAAUGUAGGUGUUACUGUCCAUCAUCUACACUGUUUGCUGGAUGUCCUGUCUUUGCAUACUAUUCUACACUAAGGGGUAAAUUUACUAAGAGAGAGUUUUCAAAGCCAGUGAGUCUUCAGUUUUGACUGGUGUACUUAAUGGGGCAAUUAUGUUAAAUGUAAGACACAGGUGUGUUUUGUAUUUUAUAUUAUUUUAAAUGCAGUGGACAAAACUGAUGAAAGUGUUUUAAAAGGGCUGCUUAGUAAAUGUAUUCCCACAUCUUGUGAGAGAUAUUCUGCUAACAAACACUUGAUAUAAGUGAAGCAAAUAACUGACUGGCUGCGUUUGGCCAUUUCUACAUUUUCCAGGUUUCUAGGUUCCUUUGUCCUAAAUAUAAAUAGAUCUGCCUUCACCACACAACUUUUUGUACAGCAAUUUUGUUGUUAUUACAGCAUUUUAAAUAUUUUGAAAUAAAAUGGUUUUAAAACAAA